UCAAACACCCCGGCAAUGCCUCCCCCGCGAACCCCUAUACCCAGCCUCUUCUCGCGACUGCGAACCGCAACCUCGCAACCACACCGACCCGACAGCACCACCCUGCACAGGUCUGUCAAACAUGUGAUCGCUGGGGGUAUCUUCACACACAUAUUCAUAUCAUACAUUGGGGGAGUUAGUUUUACACAUGGUAUCUCUAUGGUGCCGACUAUACCGUACAGCGGACAACCUGCUCCCUUCAUCAUCUACUCGAACCUGCACCGACGCGGUCGCAACAUCCAAGUCGGCGAUAUGGUUAUCUUCAAGCAUCCCACAAGGAGCGGCCAAACAGCGUUAAAACGCGUCAUUGGCCUGCCUGGCGAUUAUGUGAGCGUCGUGUCGGGCGCACGGGAUGAGGGCGAUCUAGGGAAGAAGGCCGAAGAUGGCGACUGGGCGAAUGUGAAGAACCAAGCUUUCAGGGUACCUGAAGGUCAUUGCUGGGUUGCGGGUGACAAUCUGGAUUGGAGCAGGGACAGCAGGGUACAUGGCCCGGUGCCGUUGGCGCUGGUGCAGAGUAAGGCUGUGGGUCUUCUCUUCCCAUGGAGAGAGCGGAGAUGGUUCAAGAACGGCCUGGGGGAUUCAAACGGGGUGGGGAAAGAGCAAGUCAUAUUGUAG